ACAAUUUAAACGAAAUAGUUACUGUUUGUUAGUUAGAACCCAACAUAGGGUGUCGUGAACUUGCGACGAAUCGUAUUUCUUUGUCGAACCCCUUAAAUAGCCGCCUCUUUUAAAUGCGGUAUACGUUUUCUAUUGUAAUUAUCGUAUCGUUGCGCAUUUCGAAAUGGAACCGUACUGAAAAGUGCUUUGAUCGCGAUUAAGAGAUCGGUCGUGUUAUUUAAGUACACGGUAGGAUGGGUCGUAAACGAGCUAACUAUUGACACGUCUCGGAGGAAUACAGUUUUGUGGAACGAACAGUCUUGCAGAGGAAAGAUUCGGAAUUUGCACAGCAGCUGAUGUAUGUAAAGAUGGCCAAGCUCAAUACAAAUAAAUAGUGACCAACGAUGUGCUGGUUUUACAACUAGCUCUGCAUGCAAGGGGCAGAUGCUAAGAAAGUAUAACUUGUCACUGUCCAAAAAAUGGCUUAUGAUCCACGUAAUAUUAAAUAUUCAUCAGAGAUUCACAGCCAUCAACAUAACCAGUCUAAUGUGACUGGGUACGCAUAUUCUGGACAUCAAUCACAUGUCCAACAAACAGAUGAGAAUAGAAACGAGAACAGUUGUGGAAACAAAGAAACAUGUCCACAGAUAUCCCAUCAGUCUUCUGGGACACAAACUAUUCAGAAAGUAGAUGCAGCAACAAUGACAGAUCCUUUACAAAUAGAUUUUAGACUCACGUCUGAGUAUUUAGCACGAUGUUCUAGUACACUGGGAUUGCCAUAUGUAACUAAAUACGAGGAAAAUGGCAAUAAUUCUACGCAUAAUUGUCAAGAAGUUCGACCAAAAAUUGAAUUUGAAGUUGAACCACAAUAUAUCAAUGGUAUGCUAAUCUAUCAUUGUCCAGAAUGUGCGUACAGAUUUGAAAACCGUGAAGCAUUACAUGAGCACCUUGAAGAUCAUAGACAGCGACCUCACAUCUGUGAUAUUUGUGGUGCGAGUUUAAAGCGUAAGGAACAUUUAGAUCGUCACAAACAAGGUCAUAAUAAGGAUAGACCUUACCAGUGUAAUAUGUGUUGCAAAGCAUUCAAACGCAAUGAACACCUUGCUCGUCAUAUGAUUAUUCACUCAGGUAGCAAAAAUCAAGUUUGUACAGAAUGUGGCAAAGCCUUUUAUAGGAAGGAUCACUUAAAGAAGCACUUACAAAGUCAUAAUAGCAGUAGAAACAAAAAUAUAAACAGUUCUCAAAAUAAUCAGAAUAGUCAAAAUAACGGAGAGGAAGGAUUGAGCAGUUUUGCAAUGAUGAUGAGGCAAACUGGGCCACCUCCAUUUUCUAUUUUGCGAACUUAAUACAUUUUUACCUUGAUCUUAAACCAAGAUCGUUUUAUAAUUUAGGCAAUUUAAAUUUAAGAGAUCGAUACAGCGAGCUUUAUUGGAGACACUUUCAGGAUAUAUGGUAUAGUUGUUGAUAGUUUUGAAUUUUGCAAUUACAUUAAACUUGAAACUUUCAAAUAGUGCAUUAAUAAGGAACAGGCUCUAAAGAAUCCCAUGCAGAUUUUAUAUUUUCCUUUUUUAAUAUGCCUAUAACAUGCACAAUGUUCUUAAAGUAAGAAGGUACCUGUUAAGAACAAUUAUGUGAAAUAUAUAUAUAUAUAAAAUAUGAUAUAUAUAUGAUAUAUAUCUAGAUACUUUGUAUAAUAUUAUUUCAAAAAUAUUCAUAUGAAUGAUUCAAGUUUUUAUAUAAAUUAAUGCAGGAAGUCUAUUUCUGUUAAAUUCUUUUUCUCAGAUUACACAUUUGAUAAUAUCUGACGUGAAUGAUGGCAAUAAGAAGUAUUUUCUUUGUAACCUUCAGAGCUAUUGACGCAUCUAUUAGAUAUGUACUGUUUUAUAAUUUACAAAUUGACCUAGUCUUCUUUGGAAGAAAUGCGCGACAAUUUUUAAGUAUUUUGUUUCUGUAAGAAAAAGUGAUGCAGAUAAUUUGUGAUGCAGUAUGUGAACAAUUCUUGUUAUGCCGAAAAUAUUUGACGAAAAUGUAUAUUUAUUAUUAGACGUAUAUGGUCAUGAUACGUAAAAAUGAUAUAAAUAUAUGUGACUUUGUUUUUUGCUAAACUUAUGGCAUCAACUUCUUGGAACAUGUGCCUAAAAAAACAGCAUUAUAAUGACAAUUGCACAUAAAUGAGAAAAUAAUAUGAAAUUAAUGUUAAGCAUAGUUCAUAGUCAGCGAGAUAUACUUUUUAUUUUUAACAGGAGAGGAACAUUGCAAAAUAUAUACUUUGUAAAAGUAAAAUUCUUAAAAGAAGUUCUCGAAACAAUAGCUUUAAGUAUGAUUCAAUUUCGUCUUAUUUUAAAUUAAAUGUAACAUUGGAGAAUUCGCGCAUUUGGUUUGUUUUAAUAAGCGAAAUACAUUAAAUACUUAAAACUGAGUUUUUUUUGCGGUGUUCCUUGAUGUUUGAUGUUGAAACAAUGUUUACCUGUUCAGCAAUAACGCGUAAUUGCUACAGAGCGAUAAAUAGGAAAAUAAAGUUAUGUUAAUCGAUAAUUUAAUAUUUAUAUUUUAUGAUGUUCAUAUGACAAUGUAUGUAUGCGUUUUAUUGAUGUGUGUAUAUGUGUAAGAGCACAUAUAAUACAUAUUAAAUGUCAUUAUAUACUAAAGAAUAUAUGUUAUAUGCGCAUUUACAUAAUUAUCGCUCAUAAGUAUUUGCACAUCUAGUAUUUUUAACAUAUAUCAACAGCAACACAAGUAGCAACAUUAUUUAAGGAUAAAAUAUGUUUUUAAAUAUGUAGAUAAAUGAUACAUAUGUUUUAUUAAGAAACAAUUAAAUGUUUGAUCAGCGACAGAUCAUCAUAACAAGCUAUGGUGUUAGAAAUUUGAUAAAAAGUAGUUAGAGUCUUAAACAAAGGAAAGUAUUUAAAGAUUCUUCACUUCCAUUCCUGUACCUCAAAGACAAGCUAUGUGUUAAGUCCACAUUUUGGAGAUUUGGAGAAUAAAUAUGUUAACUUACUUUAUUAAUAUUAUAUUUUGUAUUGCUAUUUAAAAUAUUCAAUUUUUAAAAUGUUGACUUAGCAUGGAUCGCCAAGUCUGUCGAGAAUAUUUCAUUUUGAAAAGAAAGGAGUAAAGUUAGUUAAGGAAAAUUCACUGAUAGAACCUCUAAAUUACGUUCCCCUAGCGCACCAUAUACUUCAUCUGGCAAAUACUUCUGAGCGGUAGUGUAUAACAUUGUUAUGUCCAUUUUCCCUUGUACAUUAUUUAUAUUUAUUAAGAAAAACCGACCAUAUAUCGGCUUUAUUAUAUAAUGCUUCCAAAGUGUACAUAAUUGUACACAUGAAAUAUGGUUAAAAAGAAAUAAACGUUUUGUUAUUGGUUGUAGUAAUCACAAUUAAAGUAAUAAAUCAUUAUUAUAUAAAAUUAUAAAUUGUUUGAAACUGAAACUAUAUGACUGUUACCAACAAGACAAGGAGAAUGAUGGAAUUAUAAAUAACAACAUCCAGUACAUCAUUUUCUGAUUUGAUUUUUCAUACAAUUUUCAUAUAUAUAUAUAUAUAUAUAGAGAUAUAUAUAUAUAUAUUAUAUAGGGUAUUACAUAAAGCAGCACUGGGAAAUGUCCGAAAAAACGUUCACAAACUUUAAACCUCUAUCCUCGCAGCCUAAAUUCGUCUGUCUGUAUUUAUACCUACAUCUCCCUUAUACAUUUUCUUUUUUUUUUUCGCUUACUACUUUAAGUCUUGUUCUGUUUUUCAAACCGUGCCUCUUUUCUCGCCUUACGUUUCUGAAGAUUACAUGUUUUAUGCACUCUAUACAAAAAUAAAACACUGAGAUCAUCAGAGGGAUCGCACAGUUAUACAGAAUUAUUUCUUAUUAAUUCCUCUCUCUCUCUCUCUUUUUCUCUGUUCCUUUGUUUCGCUUUAUUUUGCCGUAGUUCCUCCUAUAUGUCUCUUCCCCCUUUUUUUCUCGACUGUUCAUUCAUCUUUUUUCUCUUUCCCUUUUGUGUUUUGAUUUGCACGCCACGACGAAUGACCGGUAUUUUUUACUUUAUUCUUUUUUACUUUGUACCCUGGAAGACUGCGGUACAAACACUUAGAUGCGGAAGAAAUAGAGAUGAAACAAACGGUAUUACUUCGAACGAAAGAUCUGUCUUUCUGUACGUUAAAUAAAAUGCGCUUGCGUAUGACUAUUUUUUUCUUUUUUUUUUUUCAUUUAUUAUUAUUAUUAUCUAUCGGAUGUCCGGAAAAUCCACAACCAGGAACGCAAUCUUUAGUUUAGGCAAUUUUCAAUGAUGUUUACACGCUUGUAUGUUUACGAAACCGACUUUAAUGCGUAAUUCGAAGUUAACAAUUGCGGUUGCGUAAAUAUCCAUCUGUUUUCUUUCUUCGUAAUAUGCAGUUUAGCGUAAUGUGCACGAAUCGCGAAAUUUAACGAGUAAUCAGUCCCGUACGGCAAUAUUGUGGG